GCGUGUGUGUGUGUGUGUGUUAUGACAUUUCCUACCUCGUGUCAUAGAUUGCGAACAACUUCUUGUUUCCGUCAACAGCAUUCCUGGAAGAAAAAAAAAGUGAUGACAUCAUUAAUAAUUAAAUUGCUUUUAGCCAAUGAAACACUCAGGAGCGGAUGAUUAGUCACUUCAGUCACGAGCAUUAACAUACACAAACAUCUACGGUCGGGGAAGAUGUAGUUUUCCUAUAAGAGACCAUUUCCAUGGCUUUUAAUUAACAUUUCAGAAGUGUAUUAACCCUUGAAGGUGGUUUUGGUUGAUUUAACCCCCUCUGAUGUGCUGAGUGGGUUAAUUGAUCUGUGCUCUGUAUUCUCCUGCUUGGACCCAGGUUUGUAGCCUGCAGUAAAGCAGGGCUCUAAAACACUGGGAUGCCUUCACGGCUAGUGAUAAAAGGAAGUCGAUUUCCUCUAGGAGAGCCUUUAACCCCCACCUCCUUAUCCGCACACACGUUCACACAUGCGCACAUACACUCACACACUCUCACUCGCACGCACGCGCGCCAUAUCUUUAUUUUUCCCUAUUCCCUCACACACUUGUCCAACCGGCCAUCACUCUGCAGGUGCUGUCCGUGGUGCUGAAAUCAGCUGACCCGAGGGUACACACUGGUUUCUUUUGGUUUGUUUUUUUUACAUUUCCCGUCUGCAUACUAUUAAGGAAAGUGGAGGGAAGUUAAACACCAGACAUUAAGUACAGUCUACGGAACAUGGAACUCGGCUACCCUCUUAUGGUAACCGUCAGGAUGAUAACAACUUUGGUUUGAGACUUAAUUUUAUUAAGGAGGAUUUAAAUGGGAACGGUUGUUUUGAAGAGACACGAUAAUAUAAAAAAAAAAAUUAAUAAAAAAAAAUCCUUACGGUCUUCAACAGUGCUGCUUUCUUGUAUCAGAUCUCACAGUUGUUUUGUGUUAUCCUAAAUCUAUCUUGGCUCACGUUUUAUUUUUUGUAUGGCAUGCCAGUUCUUCCCAAACAGGGAAGCUUGUUCCCCAGGGGUUACUCCUGCAGUUGGCAGGUUGGUAAGUAGCUCGGCCAAUUAAAGGAACUAGAAAUAAGCGAAGGAAUAAAAAAAAAAAUAGAUAGCAAGCUAGCAGAGAAUUCUAAAAAAAAAAAAGUUGGUUAAACUGUAGGUAUUCCAUCAAUGGGUGAAAUAGUUAGAAUACUACCAAGUAAUGGGUGUGUGAAACAGCAUAGCUGAAGUUAACGGCUUAAUGGUUGGAACAAUUAUCUGAAAGUACUUGAUAAAUUGUUGAAAUAGAUAGCAGAACCUAACACACACUCAGUUUCACUGCCAGUGGCGCGCGCCUCCUCCCAAACCACCAAUGGGCAGCGCCUAAUAUGAAAUCAUUAGCCUCUGUUGCAGCACUUCAUGCUCUCGCACCGGCGGUAGGCGGUGUAGCGAACGAGACGAAAAAAUGCGGAGUGAAGCCAGUGUCCUUCGAGGCUGGCGGAUAGGACCGAGGAGGCAGCCCGUGUGAUGCUGCCGCCGCUGCUGCAACACAUCUGGGGGCGAUGCAGGAGACGCGGUGCAGCAGGCAUUAAGGAAGGAAGGCGCUGUAGCCUAUAGGAGGGGAAGACCAGACAGACUACUACAACACCGCCUGAUGGGGAACAGCUGACAGAGAGAGAGAGAGAGAGAGAGAGAGAGAAAGAGAGAAAGAGAGAGUGUGAAGAAACAGCCCAUGGUGGAGAAGAAGGAGGGGAGACAACCGACAAGCACGCGGAUUAGGUGAUUGAACCCGUGAUCGCCCACAUUCAACACUGCCGACGGAGACCCCAAGCUUCCAGUCGCUGUUUGGGGGGAAAAAGCCCCCAAAAACAUGGUGGUGAUGGAUCUGCAUACAGUUACAGGUCUGAACAGUGGACAAGUGAGUAGAAUUUCAGUCAUGACGAGGUUCGUCCUUUCCCUCCUGCUCCUCUGUGGAUGCCAAAAUAGUCUCUGCCUGUCCUCCUCAGAGGCUCAGAAGGAGGCGGCCGCCAACGACAACAGCACAGUGUUCACCAGGAUCCUGGACGGGCUCCUCGACGGUUACGACAACAGGCUGCGGCCGGGGCUCGGAGAAAAUGUCACAGAGAUCCAGACGAAUAUUUUUGUCACCAGCUUUGGCCCGGUGUCUGACACGGAGAUGGAAUAUACCAUAGACGUCUUCUUCCGUCAGAGCUGGAAGGACGAGCGGCUGUGCUUCAAAGGGCCCAUGGAGAUGCUGCCGUUGAACAACCUGCUGGCCAGCAACAUCUGGACCCCCGAUACCUUCUUCCUUAAUGGCAAGAAGUCUAUUGCUCAUAACAUGACCACGCCUAACAAGCUGCUGAGGCUGAAGGACGACGGCAGUUUGCUUUACACUAUGAGACUGACCAUAUCAGCAGAAUGCCCCAUGCAGCUGGAGGAUUUCCCCAUGGAUGCACAUGCCUGCCCUCUCAAGUUUGGCAGCUAUGCCUAUCCGGUGUCAGAGGUGGUCUACACUUGGACUGAGGGAGAGGCUAAGCCUGUGGUGGUGGCAGAAGACGGCUCUAGACUCAACCAGUAUCAUCUCAUCGGGUUAACGUCCAGCACAGAGAACAUACACACAAGCAGAGGACAGUACACAGUGAUGAUGGCCCACUUCUACCUGAAGAGGAAGAUUGGAUAUUUUGUCAUCCAGACAUAUAUGCCGUGUUUCAUGACUGUAAUCCUGUCCCAGGUGUCAUUUUGGCUAAACAGAGAAUCCGUUCCUGCAAGGACUGUCUUUGGGGUGACCACUGUGCUGACCAUGACCACCCUCAGCAUCAGCGCAAGGAACUCACUCCCUAAAGUUGCCUACGCUACAGCUAUGGAUUGGUUCAUUGCCGUCUGCUACGCUUUUGUCUUUUCUGCCCUCAUCGAGUUCGCCACGGUGAACUACUUCACCAAGAGGAGCUGGGCCUGGGACGGCAAGAAGGCCCUGGAAGCACAGCCCCCGAAGAAACGAGACCCCAUGGUGCUGUCCAAAAAGCCUAACAACGUUUGCUCGGCGGGCGUCAACUACACCCCCAACCUCACCAAGGACGUGUCCAUCUCCACGAUCUCCAACACAACGUCGGUGCAGCUCCGAGCCUCAGAGACCAAGAUGGUGGACCCCAAGAAAACCUACAACAGUGUCAGCAAGAUUGACAAGAUGUCUCGGAUAGUGUUUCCUGUCCUCUUUGGAACCUUCAACCUCGUCUACUGGGCCACGUACCUUAACAGAGUACCGCUGGUGGAAGGAGUGGUGACGUCAACGUAAUCGUCCUCUUUUUUUCCCUUCCCCUUUUGUCCCCAGACAGUUUGUGAAAGGGGUUAAGUUUGAGAGUGGGUGGACUGGAAGGAAAAGGGGUUGUUGUAAAGUCUGUGCCCUUGACAGAAAAAAUAAAAAUAAAAAACAAAUAUCCGGGCUUGAAGAACAAAAACUAACUAUACUCCACUAUCUAAUUGAAGCACUUUGGAUGGAUGCAAGGCUGCAACAGAAUCCCUUUCCUGUUUUUUCACGGCCUAAAAAAAAACUGCUCGAUCACAAAGAAACUGCUUCUGAGACUAUUUCGACGAGAGAGCGGGUGCUUUGCUUCUCUCUCAUCUAUUCUGCUGCAGUUUGCAUGACGCUCUUCUCAAAAAGAAACCACGGACUCCUCUUUGUCUUGAAUACCGACCAUGUAUAUGUCAAUCACUGCUUAAACUGUGGGUACCUGAGCUUAUGCAAUGGGGAAAAAAAACUGCAAUAUAACAUGCAUUUCAAUUUGGAAUAUUUAUUUUUAAAAAAUGUACUUAAUUCCACACUGUGGAAGAAACACCUCUUAAGAUUGAUUCUGCAAGUGCAUUAAUAAUUUAGUUUUAUGUCUCUUUAAAAAAAAAAACUUUUCCUAUUGCAGUGGGGGUUUUGUGUGUCUCUUUGUACAUUUUUACUUUAAGGUUCAAAGGCUUUUGCUGCAGGCCUGGUUUCCCAAAAGCAUUGUCAGCCCGAGUCUCAGUGGAAAAUGAUGGGGGGGGGGGAACAAAUGCUACCUACCAAGCUACCUGCUGUGAAAAUAAAAUGGAAUUCGUAAGAUUAUUCAAGUUUUUAAAUGAAGAAAUGCUUCUUCCUACAUAAGACUUUUUUUUUUUUUUUUUUCAGUCUUCUUCUUGAGCAGCUUACACUGGGUGACUACACAGCUUAUAUAUAUGUGCUUUAGCUGAAUAUUUAGGCCUGGUCACUCAGCUAUAAAACUAAUAUAUACACAGUUGAAAGACCAGUGCUCAAAACGCAGAGUGUGUCACAUCCUGAUCAGCAGAGUUCGGAGACUGUCACUCAGUGAGAUGACCUUAGCAAACCCUUAUUUAGGCGUGCGUCCAUCUCGUUGAUGUGUCCAUGGGCAAAACCCCACAACUGUACUCGAGAGGCUUGUGUGACAAAGAUUAACUUUGAACAUGGCUUAGAUCAAACUAACAGUCCGACUUCAGAUAGAUGUGUAAACCAGCCUGAGUCUUUACAACUUAAUUUGCCAUGGAUUCUUUGUUAAUUAGGAGUAUUUUCAAGCUGGAGAAACCCCGACUGACCAAUCUCCGUUCCCUAUAGCGCAAAAUGUUUGCCUUCUGGAAGAAUGCAACAGUACCGGGGACAUUUUACUGGGGAAAUUCUGACUUCCCUAUGGGGGGAAAAGAAAGAAAAAGACACCAAUGGAGUAUCAUUAUCAUGAUAUUUUUCUGCUUUCUAGUACUACUGUGUCAGAUGAAUUGCUCAUUUUUACGUCAGCAUUAAUAGACAAAAAUUCCCCACGGGAGAGGUGGACAGCAAACUUCCUGUAAAGGCCUGUGGCUUAGUGGAACAUGCUGGGGAACUAUCUGCUGACAUGCUAUCCAGCCGGGACAUGCUUACGCUUAUGAGUAACAAUGGCUGUUCUUCUAUUUUGUCUUUCCUGAAUGAAGUUGAAUUAUUAUGGUGUGAUCGGGCCUUUAAAGAUACAAAGAUUUGGGGAAAUUAGGCCGAGUCUCAUAAAGGAAUCAUGUAUAUAAACUUUACAUUUUCAACUUUGCUUUGACACAAAAAAGACAGUGUUGAGAUUCUCACGUCUGAUGUUGACUUUCAAUUUCUGCAGAUGUUUUCAUCUGAUAUCUUUCUUAAUGUGUAUGUGCACAUGUGUAAGAUUUUCUUUGUUACUGUUGCUUGUAGAGGAGCUUACAUCUGAUCAAACUUGGCAUUUGAUCUUUAAGUUUGUGUUGAUCUAUUUCUACAAUGACUUAAUCAAACUGGAAGCAAUGAGCACACUUUGUGGCAUUUAGACUGGAGCCCACCACAGCACAGAAUGCGUGACUUGUUGGACUAUGGUGAGACCCACUCAGGAACAAAAGGACCCAUGCUCCCAGCAGAAGAGUCACUGUUUCUUUAAUCUCAUGGAUUUAAACCAGUGCAGUUGGGAGCAUUGUCAAUGACACAAUGGCUUGAAAAUCCAUAUAAAUAAAGACGACAUCAGCUACUGUAUCAGCUUUGCUUUGUGAAAUUUGGACCUACAGCACAAAUCCUCACAACAUCAUCUUAAAAUUCAUCUUAAAGCACUUUUAAGUUGAAUUUUUUGUGCCAUAAUUUCCUGUAGCGUUUUGUGCUGGUUUGAGUCGAUGCUGAAUCUGCAUUUUAUGUGAAUCUAAGGUGUUGCUAUCUGUCAAAUGUUCGGUGGGUGUCUAUCAGCGAAGCUUCAUUUCAGUGCUUGUCAAAGCGCAGCAGCAGUGUAAAAGGAAGUCCGAUGAAAUGCAGUUGAAAGGCAAUCUAUACAUCUGUCUGUCUGGGGUUGCCAUGGCAGCAAGUCCACAUUUACAGAUCAGACAUCCUUUCCCCGGUAACAACCUCUGUAUAUGUUCCUCCCCUCCUCAAUUGUUUCUGACUCUGCUGCUUAUUCCCAUUAUCAAGAAGCUAAUUGGCCCUAUUCUUUCUGAUUCCGCCUGCAGUAGUUGAGUCUAUCACAAAGUUUGGAGCUAAACUGCUGCAGUGUUACUUUAUUUAAGCUGAUGAAGCCUUAUUUUGAGUUAUAUUGCCAAUGGAAAUAAACAGUAAUACGCAUUUUGGCCCCCUAAUCAUAAAAGUGUGUUUAGCCUCCAUUACUGUAUUUUCUCAACGGACAAUGUCGUAAAACCUUCCCAUCAGCCUUAGCUGAAGUUUCCUUGCCAACGUAGGGCUAAGCAGCAAAUAUUAGCCUGCUAACACGUUAUGGUGAAUAUCAUACCUGCUUACCAUAAUGUUAGCAUUAUCAUCCUGACCUUAGCAUUUAGCUCAAAUCACUGCUACGCCUUAGUAGUCUUGGAAAUUUCGGCCCUUGAGCCAAAUCCGGCCCCUCAAGCGAAACAUUUUGGCCCACUGACAAAAAGCUGAAGUUUUCCCUUUUAAAGUUUACAAAACCGUAACAUUAUUUUCAUAAAUAGACCACUGGUUGACUUCUGUCCACACAUCCAUCUUUCUUGCCAUUCAGGAAAUGAAUGCCCCUAUCUAUCCAUUCAUCCAUCCACCCAUCCAUUUAACCACCCCUCUCUUCUCUAUUGCCAGCAAAGAAACGAUUGCACACCCCUCCCUCCUUCCUUCAGCUACUGUGACAGACUCAUCUGCCAUACAUCUGUUAGAAAAGGGAUUUAGUUCUGCUUAAGUUGCUUUCCCCCAUUCAGGGGGGCCCCUUACAGCAAAGCGCUUCACUCCGAUUUAAGCCCCAACUGGCCGUGCCGAUGACAAAUGCUUGUUAUUCUUUCCUCAGUGUCUGGACAGCUGUGUCUGCUGCGUGCUCAGGACAAAUUUAGGAUUGAUUAUAUGUCCUUCAUCCAAAGCUAGCUCAUGGGCAGUGACGCAGACUAAAGUUAUGAACUUGGGUCUGUCAACUGGUGAAUGUAAUGCACAUGCAGCGCUCAUCUUAAACAGACUUUUGCAGGGCUGCGAUUGCAACAGUUGUUUAUCCCUGGAAGGCCACAGACGGACAUUACACAUGCAUGAAGUUUCUUUUGCUUUUGAGCAUCAAUUU